AUGUCGGACAAUAGUGUUAACUUCGACUACGAAAAGGUUCUCAGCAACAUUGUCAGUGUCGGCAACAUUGUUGUCUCUCUCUGUUUCAUUCUUGCACUGAGAGGAUUGUCAGCACAAACUUCUGCUAAAAUGGGUAACAUAUACGGUAUCAUUGGUAUGAGUGUAGCGUUCUUUGCUGCUAUUAUGAAUAAGGUAUGUGAUUACUUUGGUGUAUACGCAGACGAAGAAUACAACGAGUGGAUCUUAUACACCACUGGUAUAUAUUUGGUGUGUAUUAUCCCAGCUGCUGUUAUUGGUAUAUUUAUUGCAUCAAAAGUGGAAAUGGUACAGAUGCCGCAAUUGGUUGCUGGUUUCCAUUCUUUUGUCGGUCUUGCUGCGGUGUUGAUCGGGUUUGCGCAUUGGAUCAAAGAUGCAGAAAACUACACCGGAGUACACGAGAAGACUGAAGAAAACGGCAUUGCUUAUUUGACUAUGAUUGGCCUUGAAACUGUUCUUGGCAUUUUCAUUGGUGGUUUGACGUUCACUGGGUCCAUCGUUGCGUUUGGAAAGCUUCAAGGUAUCAUUAGAUCAAAGCCACUCAUUAUAGGAGGGAACUUCAGACACGUCAUCAACGCCGUCUCCUGUGCUGUUGGCUGCUUGUUGGUCAUUCCAUAUAUAGCCGUGGAGUAUAUCAGUUUGAAUGAUUACAAUAUCAUUGAUGAUAAUCCAGACACAAUGCACGACAUUCAAUAUAACAGUGUCUUUAUUAAUAUGGCUAUUUUGAUGGUGGUCACCAUCAUCUCAUUCUUUAUUGGGUGGCAUUUGGUCAUGGCAAUUGGUGGUGCAGAUAUGCCAGUCGUCAUUUCCAUGUUGAACUCAUACUCGGGUUGGGCCACAGCGGCUGCUGGAUUCUUGUUGAACAACUAUGCCAUGAUUGUUUCUGGUGCUUUGAUUGGUUCUUCUGGUGCGAUUUUGUCGUAUAUCAUGUGCGCUGCUAUGAACAGAGGCUUUUUGAGUGUCAUUCUUGGGAUUGGAACGCAUAAAACAGAAACUGCUGCGUCUCCAGUUACGAAGAACGAAAAAGAUACUGGAAACAAAGAAGUCAACCCGAUUGAGGUCGGAGAGUUUGCUAAACUCCUUGUUGAUUCACACAAGAUUGCUAUCGUUCCGGGUUACGGUAUGGCUGUUGCGAAGGCUCAACACGUUGUUGCUGAAUUGGCAAAUAUGUUAACCAAGGCUGGAAAGACAGUAAACUUCAUCAUUCACCCAGUCGCUGGUAGACUUCCGGGCCAUAUGAACGUCUUGUUGGCUGAGGCGAGUGUCCCAUACAAAAUUGUCUUUGCCAUGGAAGAAGUCGAGGAUUUGAGUGAUUACGAUGUUUGUAUUGUGGUUGGCGCAAAUGAUACAGUCAACCCAAUUGCAGAGACAGACCCGAACUGCCCGUUGGCUGGUAUGCCAAUCAUUAAGACUUAUCAGGCCAAGGUUGUUGUUGUCAACAAGAGAAGUUUGAACCAGGGAUAUGCUGCUGUUGAUAAUCCUUUGUUCUUCUUUAACAACACACGAAUGUAUUUGAAGGAUUCCAAGGCUGGGUUUGAGAGUUUGAAUUCGGAAGUAAAGAAAAUCCUUGGAGAAGUUGUACACACUGAAACAACAGAAUCUGGUGCUACUGAAAAGACCGGACUCUUACAAGGUAUUUCAGACGCUGCCCCAGUCAAAAUUGAUCCAGAAGACUUGUUCAUUGGUGUGCCAAAGGAGAAAACGCCAGAGAAGAUGGUGGCUAUGGUACCAUCGGUCUGUAAACAACUUAGGAGCAGAGGAUAUGGUAUUUAUAUCGAAUCCGGUGCUGGUUUGCUUUCGACGUACUCUGACGAGGAUUAUAGAAGAGUUGGGUGUAAAAUUGCAGAGACUACGGACGAGGUGUAUGAGAAGGCCAAUAUCAUUUGCAAGGUAAACCCACCAACAGAGGAAGAGAUUGAAGUGAUGAAACAAGGACAAACUCUUAUCUCAUUCUUCUACCCAAAGAAGAAUCCAGAUUUACUUGAAAAGGCUGUUCAGAAGGGUAUUACUGUUAUUUCCAUGGACUGUGUCCCAAGAGUCUCCAACGCUCAAUGCAUGGAUGCGCUCAGUUCCCAAAACAACUUGGCUGGGUAUAGAAGUAUCAUUGAAGCGUCCAAUAAGUUUGGAAGACUUCUUAUGGGUCAGGUCACUGCUGCUGGCAAAUCACAACCUGCAAAUGUUUUCAUCAUUGGUGUCGGUGUGUCUGGUCUUGCUGCCAUUUCAACUGCCAAAGCCCUUGGCGCACAGGUCAAGGCAUUUGAUUCGAGGGCUGCUGCCAAAGAACAAGCAGAGUCUGUCGGUGCUGAGUUCUGCACUGUUUCUGUUAUUGAAGAUUCAGAAGACAAGAACACUGGUUACGCCAAAGCUGCGUCACAGAAAUUCAUUGAUGCUGAGUAUGCCUUGUUUAGACAAAUCUUGCCAGAGAUGGAUAUUGUUGUAACCACAGCCAACAUCCCGGGCAGAACGGCACCAAUUCUUGUCACACAAGACAUGGUUGACUCGAUGAAGAUUGGGUCAGUUAUUGUUGAUCUUGCUGCUCCGAAUGGAGGGAACUGCGAGGUUACAAGAAGUGGUGAGACGUAUGUUUAUGACAACAAAGUCACUGUUAUUGGUCAAGUUGAUUUCACUGUGAGAAUGGCCCCGCAAGCUUCGCAGUUGUACGCACAGAACAUUUUCAAUUUUAUGAAUCAUGUCUGCAAGAAGGCGACUGAGUUUGUUAUUAAGUCUGAUGAUGUCAUCCAAAGACAAAUGACUGUCUGCUCAUCUGGACAAAACAUGUACCCUGCCCCACCAAUGGAAAUUAGACAACAACCACCAAAGAAAGAAACUGCUGCUCCAUCAGUUGCAGUCGCUGCUGAACCAGAACAACAGAAAAAGAAGUCGUACACCGGAACGAUUGUGUCUGUGAUCUGUUUGCUGCUGUUGGUCAUUUUCAUGUUGUUCAUGCCUUCAAUGUUCGUUACAGCUGUUAUGUCGUUUGUGCUUGCUAUCAUUGUCGGGUACUACGUCAUUUGGAACGUCACUUCUGCUCUCCACACACCAUUGAUGUCCGUUACUAAUGCUAUUUCGGGUAUUAUUGCCGUCGGUGGUAUUACUAACAUUUACCUCACACCAAUGAAAGACGAAGGACUUAUCUACUAUAUCUGCGUGACUGUUGUUGGAUGUUUGGCUGUCUUCAUUGCUUGUUUGAACGUGUUUGGUGGGUUCUUUAUUACACACCGUAUGUUGCAGAUGUUCCACUAA